AGCGUACUACUUCACUUCCGGUUUUAACUCUCAACAACUCAGAGAGAAACUCUACAGUGAGGGGGAGUGUACAGAAACACUAACAACUCUCAACUCUCACUCUUAUACUUCCACUUAGCCCACACCACAGCCCACAGAGAUUUUAGAGAGAGCGCGUUUUUUUUUCACUCAUUUAAUGCGUCUCAUCAACAAAUCGUGGAACCAUUCCCUUCUCCUCUUUCUUUUCACGGACUAAUCAAAAUCUUUCACGCUAACAAUCAAUCAUUUUGUAAAAUUAUUUACUGAGUGAGCGAGUUUGAGAGCUAUGGAGUUGAGUAAGGUUACGUUAGAGAUCUUUUCGAAGCUGGAGCAGAAAUGGUUGUCGCACUGUGAAACCACCAAGAAAACUCGAGUUCUUAGCAUCGAUGGCGGAGGAACCACAUGCAUUGUUGCUGGCACUGCUUUAAUCCACCUCGAGGACCAGAUCCGUCUCAAAACUGGCGAUCCUGACGCUCGAAUCGCCGAUUUUUUUGACAUUAUUGCUGGCACUGGCAUUGGAGCUCUCCUUGCUGCCAUGCUUGCCGCCGAUGAUGGCUCUGGCCGUCCUCUCUUCACUGCCAGAGACGCUGUCGAGUUGAUCACUUGCAGAAACUCUGAAAUUUUCAAGGUUACGUUCUCUGGAGUUCUUCGCCGCCGACGGCGAUUCUCCGGCAAGAGCAUGGAUAAGGUUUUGAAGGAAAUCUUUAAGAGAAAUGACGGCAAGGUCCUCACUCUGAAAGAUAUGUGUAAGCCACUCCUUGUUCCUUGCUUUGACUUGAAAAGUUCGGCUCCGUUUGUCUUCUCCCGUGCCGACGCGUCCGAGUCGCCGAGUUUCAACUUCGAACUCUGGCAAGUAUGCCGCGCUACAUCAGCGACGCCGAGCCUGUUUAAGCCGUUUGCUCUAACGUCCGUCGACGGAAAGACAACUUGCUCGGCCGUUGACGGCGGUUUGGUGAUGAACAAUCCAACGGCUGCAGCGGUUACUCACGUGCUGCACAACAAGCGCGAUUUUCCGUCAGUUAACAGUGUGGAGGAUCUGCUGGUUCUGUCUUUGGGUAACGGUUCGCUAAUGGGUGGAUCUUGUGGUGGGAAACUCCGUCAUAACGGCGAGUGCUCCACGUCAUCGGUGGUUGACAUUGUUGUUGAUGGAGUCUCGGAGACCGUAGACCAGAUGUUGGGGAACGCUUUUUGUUGGAAUCGUUCUGACUACGUUAGAAUUCAGGCAAACGGUUUGAUGAGCGAAGGAGUGGUGGGUCCGAGAAUGGAGGAAGAAGUGUUGAAAGAGAGAGGGGUGGAGUCGUUACCGUUUGGCGGGAAGCGGUUACUGACGGAGAGUAACGGCCAGAGAAUCGAGAGCUUUGUGCAAAGCCUUGUUGCAUCUGGGAAGACCAGUUUACCACCCAGUCCCUGCAAGGAAUCCGCCGUCAGCCCUCUCGUUAACGGCCAUUAACCAGUUUUUUAUUUUAUUUUUUAUGUUUUGUUAACCAUUGUGUAAGUUGUAACCAAUCUCAGGUUCUUUUCCACUUAACCAUCUUUUGUCCUUGAUCUUGAGUUAAAU